AUGGGUCAGCUGCAGGAGCUGGUGCGUCCCGGCGAUGGAGGCGGCGGCGGUGGUGCGGGCCUUGCUUUGGCCGCACCAUCCAUUGCAGCGACACCAGCGGCACCACUCAUGGACAUGAGCACGGCCAAGCCCGGUGUAGCGCGGCAAGCGAAUCGCACGCGCCUCCAGAAGCGACACGACAGCAACAGCUUCAAGUUGCGCUUCCAGCGUGAACUGAGUAGCCCCGUGCUGGACUGGAGCAAUGGCUGCGGCGGCAAUUGGACCGGGCCCGACGACCUCACCAGGCGCCUGAGGCCACCCGACAAUCGCUGCGCCCAUCACAAAAAGCUGCUACGCACACUGCAGAACAAUACGGGCCGUGAGCUGCGGCAAAUGCAGAAUGAGAACAGACGCCGCAAAUCAGUGCACUCGGUGAAGGCGCAGGACACAGCGGCCAAUCAGGCGAUCGACAUCUCGAAGCACAAGACGUGGGAUCUGCACAGCAGCCAAUACAGCUUUCUGCCCAGGCUGAAUGUCAGUGCUCCGAAGCUAUCACUGCGGCGCGCACAUGACGAUCUGCAGUUCUACGUGGCCGCAUUCAGCUAUCUGCGGCACGCCCAGUUGCACUGGGACUAUGAGAAAUUACAGAAGCAGAGCGCGCUGUCGGCCGAGCUGAUGCGCCUUCGCAGCAGCGCCCGCCUCGUCCUCUGCAUCGUUGAGGAGGCGAUCAAUGGCAGCAGUCGGCUGUAUCCGUCACACCACAAACGUCAGCGCCACAAGCCGCUGCUGCUGACGGUGCCGCGUGUGUCGAUGGAGAAGCGGCUGCAGAAGCUGAAGACGCCGGUGGUGGAGCUGCAUCGGCAGGCGGUGCUGGCCGCGCGCUAUCAGCACGCCGCAGAGCCCAGGCAGCCGGACAGCCUGGAUCUGCGGUUCCUCAAGUACCAGUACAUCCAGUACCUGAAGCACAUGACCAAGCUGCUGGCCAAGAAUCGCAAAAGGGACUGCAAGGACAGUCCGCCGGCGAAGGCGCGACAAAGGCAGCGACCGGCGUAA